AUGGCCACCGCCGCUCUCCUCCGCUCUCUACGACGCCGUGACGUUGCAUCCGCACCUCUCUCAGCUUACAGAUGCUUGACUAAUAAUGUGAAGCCAUCGUGGGCUCCUUGUAAUAUCAGCCAAAAUUUGGCUGGUUUGUCUAGAGCUUUCAGUGCGAAACCUGCUGGCAGUGAUGUUAUUGGUAUUGAUUUGGGUACCACAAAUUCAUGUGUUGCGGUUAUGGAAGGGAAGAGUCCCAAAGUUAUUGAAAAUGCUGAAGGAUCUAGGACAACCCCUUCAGUUGUUGCCUUCACCCAAAAGGGAGAGUUACUUGUGGGCACUCCAGCAAAACGUCAGGCUGUUACUAAUCCAAACAAUACAAUCUUUGGAACCAAGCGUUUGAUUGGUAGGAAGUUCGAUGAUCCUCAAACACAAAAGGAGAUGAAAAUGGUUCCAUAUAAGAUAGUCAGGGCUCCAAAUGGAGAUGCAUGGGUUGAAGCCAGCGGACAGCAAUAUUCCCCUAGCCAAAUUGGGGCCUUUGUUCUGACCAAGAUGAAGGAAACCGCAGAAGCAUAUCUUGGAAAAUCAAUUUCAAAAGCUGUGAUCACUGUACCAGCUUAUUUCAAUGAUGCUCAAAGACAAGCUACAAAGGAUGCUGGAAGAAUUGCUGGCCUUGAUGUGCAGAGGAUCAUCAAUGAACCUACUGCAGCAGCACUUUCUUAUGGUAUGAACAAUAAGGAGGGUCUCAUUGCAGUGUUUGACCUUGGAGGUGGGACAUUUGAUGUUUCCAUCUUGGAGAUUUCUAAUGGCGUUUUUGAGGUCAAAGCUACAAAUGGUGACACAUUUUUGGGAGGAGAGGACUUUGACAACACCCUUUUAGAGUACUUGGUCAAUGAAUUUAAGAGAACUGAGGGAAUUGAUCUUUCGAAAGACAGGCUAGCUCUUCAGAGGCUCCGCGAAGCAGCGGAAAAGGCUAAGAUAGAGCUCUCCUCAACCACUCAGACUGAGAUCAACUUGCCGUUUAUCACAGCUGAUUCAUCAGGUGCUAAACAUUUGAAUAUAACACUGACCAGAUCCAAAUUUGAAAGCUUGGUAAAUCAAUUGAUUGAGAGGACAAGAAUCCCAUGCAAGAACUGUUUGAAAGAUGCUGGCAUAUCCACCAAGGAAGUUGAUGAGGUUCUUCUCGUUGGAGGAAUGACUCGUGUUCCCAAGGUUCAAGAGAUAGUAUCAGAGAUCUUUGGAAAGAGCCCUAGCAAGGGAGUAAACCCUGAUGAAGCUGUGGCUAUGGGGGCUGCAAUUCAGGGUGGAAUUUUACGUGGAGAUGUCAAAGAAUUGCUUCUCCUUGAUGUCACUCCCUUAUCACUUGGUAUUGAGACACUUGGUGGUAUCUUCACCAGGUUGAUCAGCAGGAACACAACAAUUCCUACAAAGAAGAGUCAGGUCUUCUCUACAGCAGCUGACAACCAGACCCAGGUUGGUAUCAAGGUGCUACAAGGUGAGCGUGAAAUGGCUUCAGACAACAAGAUAUUGGGAGAAUUUGAUCUUGUGGGCAUUCCACCAGCUCCCAGGGGCCUGCCUCAAAUUGAGGUGACCUUUGACAUUGAUGCCAAUGGUAUUGUCACUGUCUCUGCCAAGGACAAAGCCACUGGUAAAGAACAGCAGAUCACCAUUCGUUCAUCUGGAGGUCUUUCAGAAGAUGAGAUUGAGAAGAUGGUCAAGGAAGCUGAACAGUUUGCUCAGAAGGAUCAAGAGAGAAAGGCCCUGAUCGAUAUUAAAAAUAGUGCUGACACCACUAUAUACAGCGUUGAGAAGAGCCUUAAUGAGUACAGGGAAAAGAUCCCUUCUGAAACUGCAAAGGAGAUUGAGGAUGCUGUUGCAGAUUUGAGGAAGGCAGUGGCGGGAGACAAUGUUGAUGAUAUCAAAUCCAAACUAGAUGCCGCAAACAAAGCAGUUUCAAAAAUUGGAGAGCACAUGUCCAAGGGCAGCAGUGGUGGAGGUGAUGGUUCUUCUGGAGGUUCUCAAGGUGGGGACCAGACUCCCGAAGCUGAAUACGAGGAGGUGAAGAAGUGA